AUGCCUCCAAUUGAUAGACUUCCAAACUCUGUUGGACAAGGUUAUACAGUAGGUCUGCCUCGGAUGGGAUCACGACGUAAGUCAAGUUUCUUCAGACCAACGAAUUUUUAUCCAUUGGAAGAUUUUAAAGGCGACGAAUUAGUGUCAGGACUUGAAUCGCUACCAUUAAUCCUACUCAUAGACAUCUGUGACUACCUAAAUUCUGAUGAUUUACAGAGCUUGUGCGUUUGUCUGACACUAAUGUAUCUACCUGCUGCAAUUCAGCUUUACAGAAAAAUAAUUAUAACCAGCCAAGUUAGUCUUUCUAAAGUUGCAAGGAAAAAAUUCUCAACCACUAGAAGGAACUUGGGAACUGUCAUUCAUGUUUCAAAGUUUUUUUCUUUAUUGCUGGUCUUGAGGUGUAAUCGAAAGAUAAGUCAAAAUGUGAAAAGUUUAGUGUUCUGCGUAGAUAGUGAGAUUGAUUGGAAUUUCAAAAUAGAAAAUCGAAGCAUCUUAUCACUUUUGGAGGAGUGUUUAUGUAUAACUAAAUUGAGUACAUUUUUUUGCAGAUCACUUCCCUCGUUGAAAAAAAGGUUGCUACUACCUCAGCGUUCAACGAUUCAAUCUUUGACUAUUUGUCUAAGUGAUUAUGAUUUUGAUUAUUCUUUUAUUACUUUGAGGAGGUUGAAAAUAUUAUAUGUUAGUGAUCUGAAACAUCGGACUCAGUUUGAGCAGCUUGCUGAAAGAAUCGUAUCGUAUCUGAGAAAUCUUACUUCAUUAGAGUUCGAAAUCAUGGAGGAUCGAUCACAUUCUUUAAAUGCAUUAAAUGACUUUAAUCUAAAUAAUUGCGAUGCUCCUUGGAUAUCUUUUUUCCAGGGAUUAAGGAGAUUGGAGAAACAUCUCUGUAUUGAGACUUUAGGCUUAGAUGGCUUCAUAGGGAACAAGGGUCGUGAUAUAGCCUACAUUUUAAAAGAGGCGCUUGAUUUGAGCUAUUUAAAGGUCCUUUUAUUAAACCUUAAAGAAGUCAGUCAUCAUCAUGAAACACAUUUCAACGCGAAAACAACGUUCUUGGAGAAUUUCACUUCCUUCACUUCUAAUCUUACUCAAUUGUGCAUUAAUCCUACUUUCGAUUGCCUUUCAUGUCAGCAUCAUUCGAUCAUGUCGGCCCUAGCAGAAAACAUCCCAAAUAAACUUGAUAUUCUACUUAUAAUAUUUGAAUCGCCGAACCAACAAUUUAGAUCAUCCCUACAAGAUAUCAUUAUUGAAUUUCAGAAGAAAUUGCGGUACCUCAAGUUGUAUGAUAAGUCAAAGGAGACUUCGGAUAAAGUGUUUCUCAAGAGAAAUGUAGGUGAUCUUCAGGCUUCAAUAUACGAACAUGCUGUGUUCUACGAUUCCCAAUGGCUUUCCAUCUUCACAGACGGCUAUUUUCCUGGGUUGCACCCUGUUGUGAUCAAUGACUACAUGGAAGCAUUUAUAGAGAAGUCACACGAUGGAAUAGGUAAAUUUUUAAAUGGGGAAAAGAAUUUUCGUACUAUCUCACGGUAUGAUAUGUUCGUUACUUCCUUACCUCGCCUUAAGAUACUAUCGAUUUUUAAUAUUGUCUUGAUGAUCAGAUGCGGAAGAGCAUUUUUGGUUUUAAAUGGGAAGUACAUUCCUCUUGUGACUGGUACAAAAUCUUAA